UGUUUGUUUGCGAACCCGUGUUUUGCCGGCUCCAAGUGCCUCAACAUCGCGCCCGGGUUUCGUUGUGAGCCGUGUCCACUUGGCUACAAGGGGAACCUUGUCACCGGAGUUGGGGCCGAUUACGCCAAAGCCAGCAAACAGAUUUGCACGGACGUUGAUGAGUGCAACGAUGGGAACAACGGAGGUUGUGACCCCAACGCAAUUUGCACCAACACAGUGGGGUCUUUCAAAUGUGGGCCGUGUAAAUCCGGUUUCGUGGAGAAGGAGCCGGGCAGCUGUACCCCCCAGAAAGCGUGCGAAAGUCCGAGCCACAAUCCUUGUGACGUCAACGGAUAUUGCCUCUUUGAACGCAAUGGAGAUGUUUCCUGUUCGUGCAACGUAGGUUGGGCCGGCAACGGAAAUGUGUGUGGCCGGGACACCGAUAUUGACGGCUAUCCGGACGAGCCUUUGCCCUGCAUUGACAACAACAAGCAUUGUGCGCAGGACAACUGCCGAUUGACCCCUAACUCAGGACAGGAAGAUGCGGAUAAUGACGGCAUUGGGGACCAGUGUGACGAUGACGCCGACGGGGACGGGAUCAAGAACGUGGAGGAUAACUGUCGUCUCCUCCCCAACAAAGACCAGCAAAACUCGGACCCAGAUUCAUUUGGAGAUGCUUGCGACAAUUGUCCCAACGUUCCGAACAAUGAUCAAAAGGACACCGACCAAAACGGGGAAGGGGAUGCGUGUGACAACGACAUUGAUGGGGAUGGGAUUCCCAAUGGGCUGGACAAUUGUCCUAAGGUACCCAACCCACUGCAAACAGACCGCGAUGAAGAUGGUGUCGGAGACGCUUGUGACAGCUGUCCAGAACUUAGCAAUCCAACUCAGACAGACGUGGACAGUGAUCUGGUGGGAGACGCUUGCGACACGAACGAGGACAGAGACGGCGAUGGCCACCAGGAUACCAAAGACAACUGCGUGGAAAUUCCUAAUAGCUCGCAGCUGGAUUCAGAUAACGACGGGCAGGGCGAUGACUGUGAUAAUGACGACGACAACGAUGGGAUCCCUGACUACCUGCCUCCGGGUCCCGACAACUGCCGCCUGAUCGCUAAUCCCAACCAGAAAGAUGUCGACGGCAACGGUGUGGGAGACGCCUGCGAGGAGGAUUUUGACAACGACACGGUGGCCGAUCCGAUAGACGUGUGUCCGGAGAGUUCUGAAGUGACGCUGACUGACUUCCGGGCCUAUCAGACAGUCAUCUUGGACCCUGAGGGAGAUGCUCAAAUUGACCCCAACUGGGUGGUCCUUAACCAGGGUAUGGAAAUUGUCCAAACCAUGAACAGCGAUCCCGGCUUGGCUGUCGGAUACACGGCAUUCAACGGGGUGGAUUUUGAAGGCACUUUCCAUGUCAACACCAUGACCGAUGACGAUUACGCCGGCUUUAUCUUCGCCUACCAAGACAGCGCCAGUUUUUACGUGGUCAUGUGGAAACAAACCGAACAGACGUACUGGCAGGCCACGCCCUUCCGGGCUGUGGCUGAGUCCAGCCUCCAGCUCAAGGCGGUAAAAUCGGAAACGGGGCCCGGCGAAUAUCUACGCAAUGCCUUGUGGCACACAGGCCACACACCCGGCCACGUCAAGCUUCUGUGGAAAGAUCCUCGCAACGUAGGAUGGAAAGAUAAAACCUCUUACCGCUGGCGUCUCUUGCACAGACCCCAAGUGGGGUAUAUCCG